AUGGAUAUUGAGGUCCCACCCCUGGAGGAGAUUGAUGUGGACCAGUAUUUCAGUAAGGAAGAACUGGCCACAAUUGGAGAUUAUGAGAAGCUCCGUUACAAGAACAUGGUCAGGAAUUACCUCACAAUGAUGUAUUUUGGUCUACCUGUUUCCAAACCUGAGUUCAUGAGUGGUCCACGAAGGAAGGUGAGAGUUAUGAUGCCAGUGGACAGUGACAGUGAGGAAGAGGAUUGGACUCCUUCUUUGGCCAGGAAAAAAGAAAAAGAAAAAUUGCCACCAGCUCCAUUCAAGUUUGUGCCACCAAAGAAACCAAUAUUUGUAAAGAAAAAAGUGAAAGAAGUGGACAAAACCACAGCUGAGAACACAAGCAAACCCAAAGGAGCAAAGAAAUCUGCCAAGGAAUGUCCUGCUACCGUUUCACGUCCCCCAGCAGAAUUGGCCUUGAAAAACAUGAUCAUGAGGGCAGCAGCUCCUCCCCAAGAAGAACCAACCAGAAAGAAGCGUAAGGUUGCUGCAGCCACUGGACCAGCUCGUUACCCCAAGAGGAGUCUGGAGAGAAAGAACUACAGAGAACUGGAGGUUCCAGACGAGGACAUUUUCUUAUUUUGUGAAGAUUGUCAGAAGGAAUAUCCUGGAGAUUGUCCAGUUCAUGGUCCGUUGACAAUCAUCAAGGAUAAGGAGGUUCCUCCAACAAAGUCAAAGAGACCUGACCCAAACCAUGCAAGACAUACCACCCCUGAUGGCCUGGUGGUUGAGGAGUCUAAGAUCCCAGGUGCUGGACUCGGUGUGAUAUCAAACAUGGCCUUCCCUGAGGGUGUUCGCUUCGGACCUUACAAAGGCGAAAUGGUCUACAAUAUGGAUGUGGCACAGGAUUCGGGAUAUUCAUGGCAGAUCUAUAAGGAUACUAAACCCCAUCACUAUGUUGAUGCAAGAGACCCAGCUAAGUCAAAUUGGCUGCGCUACACCAACUGUGCAAGAAAUGAAGGAGAACAGAACUUGUUGGCAUUUCAAUAUAAAGGCGAGAUCUACUAUAAGACUAUACAGAUUGUCUACCCAGGACAGGAGUUGUUGGUGUUUUAUGGUGAAGGUUAUGCCAAAGAACUGGGUAUAGAAGCUACAAAGGAGGUUAGAUUGAGGACACAUGAAAAGGCAUUCACUAUGUCUGACACAGGAGCCCCAGAAUACAGAUGUCCAUUCUGUAUCUUGAGCAUACCCUACAAGAUACCAAACGCGUUGAUGACCCACGUGGCCAAAAAACAUUUGGAGGCAGACCCGACAGAGGUCAAGGAUCUCAUGAAAGAACUUUAUGCAAAAAAUGCACAUUAUCAGCGUGCUCGAGUAGCUGAGUUACGAGAGGCUGCGGACAUAAGUGACAAGGAUGUUGGCUCUGCAAUGUUUACAGGUGGUUUAAAAGCUGCUGAUGCUGGUAUGGAUGCCGACGCAUUUGAGAAAUAUGGUGAGAGAAUAGGUGAUAGGUUCAGAUGUAAAUUAUGUGGCAAGGAGUGUAGUCAUAUUGGUCAUCUCAAAACUCAUAUUCGAAUUCACACUGGUGAGAAUCCAUUCAAAUGUCAACAGUGUGGGAAAGGAUUUACUCAGAGUGGUGAUCUGCAAGGACAUGUUCUUAUUCACACAGGUGAGAAACCAUUCAAAUGUCAACAUUGUGGGAAAGGAUUUACUCAAAGUGGUAUUCUGCAAAGACAUGUUCUUAUUCACACAGGUGAGAAACCAUUCAAAUGUCAACAUUGUGGGAAAGGAUUUACUCAGAGUAGUAGUCUGCAAAGACAUGUUCUUAUUCACACAGGUGAGAAACCAUUCAAAUGUCAACAUUGUGGGAAAGGAUUUACUCGGAGUAGUAGUCUGCAAGGACAUGUUCUUAUUCACACAGGUGAGAAACCAUUCAAAUGUGAACAUUGUGGGAAAGGAUUUAAUGACAGUAGCAAUCUACAAAAGCAUAUUCUAAUUCACACAGGUGAGAAACCAUUCAAAUGUGAAAACUGUGGAAAAGAAUUUACUUGGAGUGGUGAUCUGCAAAAACAUGUUCUUAUUCACACAGGUGAGAAACCAUUCAAAUGUCAACAUUGUGGGAAAGGAUUUACUCGGAGUGGUGGUCUGCAAAGACAUGUUCUUAUUCACACAGGUGAGAAACCAUUCGAAUGUCAACAUUGUGACAAACAAUUCACUCUCAGCUGUGCGAGGAGUAGGCACAUGAAGACACAUCGCACCGUGGAGCAAACUGUGAAUGAACAGUAA